AUGGAGGAGGCUCUGAUAGGGAAGGACAUGCCCUGGGUCAUCCUCACCUGGAAGGGGCAUCUCUGCCUCUAUUUGCUGCUCCAAACUUCUCCUCUAUCUGCACAGCUGUGGCCAGAGGGAGGAGAUUCCACGACCCCCACCCUCAUGGCCCUCCUCUGCCUUGGGCUGAGUGUGGGCCCAAGGACACCAGUGCAGGCAGGGACCCUCCCCAAACCCACCAUCUGGGCUGAGCCAGACUCUGCGGUCCCCUGGGGGAAGCCGGUGACCAUCUGGUGUCAGGGGACCCUGGAGGCCCAGGAGUAUCAUCUGGAUAAAAAUGGAAGACCAUCACCCUGGAGCAGACAGAACCCACGGGAGCCUUGGAAUAAGGCAAAUUUCUCCAUCCCACACAUGACAGAUCUAUAUGUAGGACAAUAUCACUGUUACUAUCACUGCCUCACAGAACGGUCAGACAGAAGUGACCCCCUGGAGCUGGUGGUGACAGGAGUCUACAGCAAACUCUACCUCUCAGCCCUGCUGAGCCCUGUGGUGACCUCAGGAGGGAACGUGACCCUCCAGUGUGGCUCACAGUCUGGAUUUGACAGGUUCAUUCUGAUUAAGGAAGGAGAACACAAGCCCUCCUGGACCGUGGACUCACAGCGACUCCCCAGUGGGCAUUUCCAGGCCCUGUUCCCUGUGGCUCCUGUGACCCCCAGCCGCAGGUGGAUGUUCAGAUGCUAUGGUUCUUACGGGAACUACCCCCACGUGUGGUCACAUCCCAGUGACCCGCUGGAGCUCCUGGUCUCAGCCUCACAUCCCCAAGAUUACACAGUGGAGAAUCUCAUCCGGAUGGGCGUGGCUGCCCUGAUCCUGCUGGUCCUCGGGAUUCUGCUAUUUCAGGCUCGACAUAGCCUGAGAAGACCCCAGGAUGCAGCGAGGAGGUAAACACAAGAGAGAACAAUGUGCUAUUCAGAGAGGUAGAGUCUUGGGAAUAAAUCUUGUGCACCCAGGAGGUUCUGGAAGAGCAUCUGAGGCAUAAGCUGUGUGAACUGUCUGUAGGUCAUUGCGAGAUGGAGGAAUCAUUGUUCAUCUGCAGGGA